AUGAGGAGAAGUGAAGUGCUGGCAGAGGAAUCAGUGGUUUGCCUCCAAAAAGCCCUGAACCAUCUUCGAGAAAUCUGGGAAUUGAUAGGAAUUCCAGAAGAUCAGAGAUUACAGAGGACUGAAGUUGUCAAGAAGCACAUAAAGAGUCUGUUGGACAUGAUGAUUGCAGAAGAAGAGAGUCUGAAGGAGAGGCUCUUAAAAAGUAUCAGCUUUUGUCGAAAAGAGCUUGACGCUCUGUGCAAGGAGUUAAACGUGGAAACCUUUGAAGAGAAAGAAGAAAGCACCAUUUUGCAGCUAGAAAAGGAUUUGCGCACUCGGGUGGAACUGAUGCUCAAGAAAAGGAAGGAGAGAAUGAACGAACUGAAACUUCUUCAGGAACAAGACCAAGACUUAUGUGAGAUUCUUUGUAUGACGCCCUACAGCAUUGACAAUACUUCAGUCCCCAGCCUGGAGGAGCUGAACCAGUUUAGGCAGCACCUGGAAACUCUGGCUGAAACCAAGGCAAGUCGACGGGAAGAAUUUAUCAGCACAAAGAGACAAAUCAUCCUCUGUAUGGAAGAAUUGGAUCAUAGCCCAGACACAAGCUUUGAGAGAGAUGUGGUAUGUGAGGAUGAGGAUGCUUUCUGCCUCUCAGUCGAGAACAUAGCUGCACUACAAACGCUGCUCCGCCAGCUGGAACUGCAGAAAGCUCAGAAUGAAGCUGUGUGUGAGGGUUUGAGAUCUCGAAUCAGAGAACUCUGGGACAGGUUACAAAUACCCCUUGAGGAGAGAGAAGCUCUCGCCAUGUACAUGACUGGGUCAAAGGCCAAGAUAAGGAAGGCGUUGCAAUCAGAAGCAGAUCGUUUAGAGGAGCUAAAGAAUCAAAACAUGAAGAAAGUGAUUGAAGCAAUCCGAGUGGAGCUGUCUACAUAUUGGGAAAAAUGCUUCUUUAGCCAGGAACAGAAACAAGCAUUUGCCCCCUAUUUUGAUGAGGAAUUUACAGAGACCCUGCUCCAACGCCAUGAUGUAGAACUUGUGCAAGUAAAAGAAUACUAUGAGACUCACAAAGAGCUAUUUGAAGGAGUUCAGAAAUGGGAAGACAGCUGGAAGCUUUUCUUGGAAUUUGAGAGAAAAGCAUCAGAUCCCAGCCGCUUUACAAAUAGGGGUGGAAAUCUCCUGAAGGAAGAGAAACAAAGAGCCAAGCUUCAAAAAACUCUGCCUAAGUUGGAAGAAGAGUUGAAGACACGGAUUGAACAAUGGGAACAAGAGCACUCAAAGGCCUUUGUGGUGAAUGGGCAGAAAUUCAUGGAGUAUGUGACGGAGCAGUGGGAGACGCAUCGUUUGGAGAAAGAAAAAGCAAAGCAGGAAAGACAGCUCAAGAAGACCCAGCAAACAGAAACAGAAAUGCUGUAUGGCAGUACACCCCGGACGCCUAGCAAGCGGCGCGUGCUGGGCCCUAACACGCCAGGCAAAGUCCGAAAGCUUAAUUCCACCACAGUCUCCACUGUCACUCCCAAUAGCACCAUCCGCUCUGUCUUCGCUGGGACUGUCUACCACUCCCCAAUGUCCCGCCCUCCACCUGCUGGAGGCAAGCCAUCCAAGACUCCGAGCCGUUUGGGGCAAAAGGCAGCCCCCCUGGGCAGACAGGGGCACAACAAAGAGAACAUUGAGUUGAGUGGCAGCAUCCUGACUGGUGGGUGUCCCUACUCGGCUCCUCUCCAGCGUAACCUCACCAUUAAUUCUGUUGCCAGCACCUAUUCUGAGUUUGCGAAGGACCCUUCCCCCUCUGACUGCUCAUCUAUUGGGUCUCAGCGAGAACUUUCAAAGGCUUCCAGAUCUGACGUCCCUUCUCGAAUCCUCAAUUCUACCAAUAUCCAGUCCUGAGAAGGCCUUCAGCAUCCUCCCCGCUGUGCUAACACUGGAUGUAAAGACAUUGGGGUGGCUUGUGUAUAUAUCUAUAUAUAUAUUUUUUAUUUCAGGCUUAUUUUCAAUUAAGGAGACAUUUAAACCAAUGACUGGACCCAAAGCUCAGGGACUGAUAAAAGGCAACAGCCAUGGCACACAUACCUUUUAUAGGUCCAGCUGGUCCUAGGGGCUUAGUCUUAAUAAUUCUUCAUUAACUCUAAAUAAAGUAAACUUAGUUUAAUGUAAAUAGCUCAAAGUGUAAAUUUGAAUGUUCUAAAAGACCUAUAGUUUUUAACCCUAUUCCUUGACUCAAAGAGUUUAAGGAUGCCAUUUUUGUUCCUUUAUGGAACAGAAGAUGGCUAGUUGAAUCAAUCCCUCCCUUGUAUAGCUUACAUACUUUUUUAUGAUGUAAUUUUGACUCAUACUUUUAAAAACUUUCGGUUUGUGAAUUUAUAAUGAACCCCUUAUUUUAGCUUUGAUAUCUCUUCUCAAAAGGAGAUAUCCCCUUCAAUAUCACUUAGGACAGUCUACUAUAAGUACAGUACAUAUAAUCUGCAUUUGAAAUUGAAACAGUUUAUAAGAAAAACAUAAAAUACUGCCAAAGAACUGACUAGAAAGAUUAGGCUAAAUCCCUGGAAAGAAGAGAACUUGCCCCUUCCCUCCCCACUCCUUUAUUUAUGUUGUUUUUAGUUAUUUUGGUUGUUAUGUCUCUUUCCUCCCUGAGUUAAGCCUCUUCGCUUUGCAGUUAUGUGUGUGGUCAUGUCCUCUCUAGUCAGCUCUCAUUCUUGUCCAAGUCCAGUGUCCUUGUUCAUGUUUACCUUCCUCUUGUACAGUAAGAUUGUGGUGGAGGGAUAGUUACAAAAUUGGUUACUUA